UAUUUCUUACACGAGAGGAUAGCCGAACCUCUCUUUCUCUCUCUUCUCUCUCUCUAUAUUUAUAUAUUAUAUAUACUAUUACACAUUUGGAGAUGUAAAUCCGUCUCCUCAUACAGCCUCUCUCUCCUCUCUCUCCUUCUCUCUUUUUUUCUUUUCUCUCUCCACUCGACGAAAACUCAUUGUAUCAUUGCCAAUUGAAUCAACGGUAAAUUGGAAGAAGAAAGGAAGAGAGAGGAAAAGGGGGGCCUUUCGCCCUCUGCUCUUGUUAUGUCUCCUCUCAGAUCUUAGAUUCUCAUCUUUUCUCAUCUGGGUCUUCUUCAAUUGGUAUCGUGGAUUGUUGUUGGAUCAAUUUUCGAUCUGCGAAAGAUCCGAUGUUCUUCGAUUGAAUCUAAGAAUACCCAUCACUUAACUAAUCAUAAAACUCUCCAACUUUCUGGUAAAUUCUUUGUCAAGAAUGGAGAUGGAGCCUGGAAAGCUGUUUAUUGGUGGGAUUUCUUGGGACACAAAUGAAGACCGUUUGAGAGAGUAUUUUCAAAAUUUUGGUGAAGUAGUUGAAGCUGUGAUAAUGAAGGAUCGAACCACUGGCCGUGCCCGUGGUUUUGGUUUUGUUGUUUUCGCUGACUCCGCUGUUGCUGAAAGAGUUGUUAUGCAAAAGCACAUAAUAGAUGGUAGAACUGUUGAGGCAAAGAAGGCUGUUCCUAGGGAUGAUCAACAACACAUUCUGAACAGAAAUAAUGGAAUCAUUCAGGGGUCCCCAGGCCCUAUUCGAACAAAAAAGAUAUUUGUAGGAGGUUUAGCAUCCACAGUCACAGAGAGUGACUUUAAGAUGUACUUCGAUCAAUUUGGGACAAUCACAGAUGUAGUGGUGAUGUAUGACCACAACACUCAGAGGCCUAGAGGGUUUGGAUUUAUCACUUAUGAUUCAGAGGAUGCAGUUGACAAAGCAUUGCUCAAAACCUUUCAUGAACUCAAUGGUAAAAUGGUUGAGGUCAAGCGGGCUGUUCCCAAGGAGUUAUCUCCAGGACCAAGUCGGAGCCAGUUAGGUGGAUAUAACUAUGGCCUGAAUAGAGUGAGUAGUUUCCUGAAUGCCUACACUCAGGGGUAUAGCCCAAGCUCUGUUGGGAGCUACGGAGUAAGAAUGGAUGGUAGAUUUAGUCCAGUUACUGUUGGGCGGAGUGGCUAUCCUCCAUUUAGUCCUGGUUUUGGGAUGGGACUGAAUUUUGAACCAGGAAUGGGUCCAAACCAUGGGGGAAGUGGAAACUUCAGUUCUAGCCUUGGUUAUGGACGUGGAUUGAACCCUUUUUAUAGCGGGAGUUCAAACAGGUACAAUAGCCCAAUUGGGUAUGGCCGUGGUAGUGGUGGGACUGGUUCUGUUUUAAGUUCCCCAAGUCGGAACAUGUGGGGGAAUGGGAGUCUUAACUAUGGAACAAGCUCUGCUUACUCUAGUGAUUUUAUAAACUCUGGAAAUGGGAAUUCUGGAGUGGUUGGUGCUUUUGAUAGUAUUGGAGCAAUUUGGGGUUCAUCUCCUGUUACAGGUCAAGGUGGAGGCACUGAUUCAGCCUACAAUAGUAGUAAUAUUAGUUAUGGCAAUGCAGACAACAGUUUUGGGUUGGGAGGGGGAGUGUAUGGAAGAAACAGUGGAAGUAGUCCGGCACCAACGUCUGCUUAUGCUGCUGCAUCAAAUAAUGGUAAUGAUGGGGCUCUUGGAAACUUCUAUGGAGGUGGUUCCUUUUACGGGGACCCUACUUGGAGGUCAUCCUCUCCGGAGCUUGAGGGCUCUGGGUCUUUUGGCUAUGGGCUUGGAAAUGUGGCUUCAGAUGUUACAACUAGAAACUCCACCGGAUAUGUUGGUGGUUAUAGUGUUACCAGUAGAUCAAAUAGAGGAAUCGCUACCUAGGAAGAAUGUUAUAUGGAUGUCAGAACGUUUAUUAUAGGUGAAGAUCAGGUGAACCAUACGAAGGACAGUGAAUCAAGUAUGUUACCCUCGGUGAGAUAUUUCAGUUCAAAGAACUUUCGAUUAGAGCAAAUUGGAGUGCUUGUUUUAUAGAACUCAUCACAGAGAGCAGUUACUAGGGAUUUCACGUGAGGUUUGAGCUUGAGUUUUCCAGUAUAGGUUUUCUUUCUUGAUUUUUCAUUGAGAUGUAAAAUCAAAUUGCGGGAUAUAAUGGAGAGUUACUGUGUCAUGCAUCUCUUGUGACAUGACGGUACGUAAAAAGCAGAGUUUUUUUUUUUUUUUUUUCCUUCUUUAUGCUGUAAUGUCCAGCAAAGUCUGCUGGUCCUCGUCAGGUAUGUGGUUUUAGUUUUCUUCCCCUUCUUGGGUUAUUCUGUUGGCAGAUUGUAUGAAAUGUUCGAUUGACUUAAUAGUGUGAAAACUAUUGAGGGACACUCAUCUGUGGUUCCCACGAAUAAAUUGCUAAAAAUAUUGAUUCAUUUUCCUUGACAAA